GCCAGAAGGUCGCGCUUGGAGGAAGUGUCGGCUUCAGGUCCCGUGGCCGUAGCGCCGUUACUACUUCUGUGAAGCUCCUCUCGGCCGCUUGCCGAGACACCCCACAGCCAAGAUGCCUCGAAUUAUGAUCAAGGGGGGUGUGUGGAGGAAUACCGAGGAUGAAAUUCUGAAAGCAGCAGUAAUGAAAUAUGGAAAAAACCAGUGGUCUAGGAUUGCCUCACUGCUGCAUAGAAAAUCAGCAAAGCAGUGCAAAGCCAGAUGGUAUGAGUGGCUAGAUCCAAGCAUUAAGAAAACAGAAUGGUCCCGAGAAGAAGAGGAAAAACUAUUGCACUUGGCCAAGUUGAUGCCAACUCAGUGGAGGACCAUUGCGCCAAUCAUUGGAAGAACAGCUGCCCAGUGCUUGGAACACUAUGAAUUUCUUUUGGAUAAAGCUGCACAAAGAGACAAUGAAGAGGAAACGACAGAUGAUCCACGAAAACUUAAACCUGGGGAAAUAGAUCCAAAUCCAGAAACAAAACCAGCACGGCCUGAUCCGAUUGAUAUGGAUGAGGAUGAACUUGAGAUGCUUUCUGAAGCUAGAGCCCGCUUGGCAAAUACUCAGGGAAAGAAAGCCAAGAGGAAAGCAAGAGAGAAACAGUUGGAAGAAGCAAGGCGUCUUGCAGCCCUCCAGAAGAGAAGAGAACUUAGAGCAGCUGGCAUAGAAAUUCAGAAGAAGAGAAAAAAGAAGAGAGGAGUUGAUUAUAAUGCUGAAAUCCCAUUUGAAAAAAAGCCUGCUCUUGGUUUCUAUGAUACUUCUGAGGAAAACUACCAGGCUCUUGAUGCAGAUUUCAGAAAAUUAAGACAACAAGAUCUUGAUGGGGAACUAAGAUCGGAAAAAGAAGGAAGAGACAGAAAAAAAGACAAGCAGCAUUUAAAAAGGAAAAAAGAAUCUGAUUUACCAUCAGCUAUUCUUCAGACUAGUGGUGUUUCUGAAUUUACUAAAAAAAGAAGCAAACUAGUACUCCCUGCCCCUCAGAUUUCAGAUGCAGAACUCCAGGAGGUUGUAAAAGUAGGCCAAGCAAGUGAAAUCGCACGUCAGACCGCUGAGGAAUCUGGCAUAACAAACUCUGCCUCCAGUACGCUUUUGUCUGAGUACAAUGUCACCAACAACAGCAUCGCUCUUAGAACACCUCGUACACCGGCUUCCCAGGACAGAAUUCUGCAGGAAGCUCAGAACCUCAUGGCCCUGACCAAUGUGGACACCCCAUUGAAAGGUGGACUUAAUACCCCUUUGCAUGAGAGCGACUUCUCAGGUGUGACUCCACAGCAGCAGGUUGUACAGACUCCAAACACAGUUCUUUCUACCCCAUUCAGGACUCCUUCUCAUGGAUCUGAAGGGUUGACUCCCCGCAGUGGGACAACUCCCAAACCAGUUAUUAACUCCACCCCGGGUAGAACUCCUCUUCGAGACAAGUUAAACAUUAAUCCCGAGGAUGGAAUGGCAGACUACAGUGAUCCCUCUUAUGUGAAGCAGAUGGAAAGAGAAUCUCGUGAGCAUCUCCGUUUAGGAUUGUUGGGCCUCCCUGCCCCUAAGAAUGACUUUGAGAUUGUUCUGCCAGAAAAUGCUGAGAAGGAGCUGGAAGACCGUGAAAUAGAUGAUACUUACAUUGAAGAUGCUGCUGAUGUGGAUGCACGAAAGCAGGCUAUACGAGAGGCAGAGCGUGUAAAGGAAAUGAAGCGAAUGCACAAAGCUGUCCAGAAAGAUCUGCCAAGACCAUCAGAAGUAAAUGAAACUAUUCUAAGACCCUUAAAUGUAGAACCACCUCUAACAGAUUUACAAAAAAGUGAAGAACUAAUCAAAAAAGAAAUGAUCACAAUGCUUCAUUAUGACCUUCUACAUCACCCUUAUGAACCAUCUGGAAAUAAAAAAGGAAAAACUGUAGGAUUUGGUACUAAUAAUUCAGAGCACAUUGCCUAUCUGGAACAUAACCCUUACGAAAAGUUCUCCAAAGAAGAGCUGAAAAAGGCCCAGGAUGUUUUGGUACAGGAGAUGGAAGUGGUGAAACAAGGUAUGAGCCACGGAGAACUCUCAAGUGAAGCUUAUAACCAGGUGUGGGAAGAAUGCUACAGUCAAGUUUUGUAUCUUCCUGGGCAGAGCCGCUACACACGGGCCAACUUAGCUAGCAAAAAGGACAGAAUCGAGUCACUUGAAAAGAGGCUUGAGAUAAACAGGGGUCACAUGACAACGGAAGCCAAGAGAGCUGCAAAGAUGGAAAAGAAGAUGAAAAUUUUGCUUGGGGGUUACCAGUCUCGUGCUAUGGGGCUUAUGAAACAGUUGAAUGACUUAUGGGACCAAAUCGAGCAGGCUUACUUGGAGUUACGCACUUUUGAAGAACUCAAGAAACACGAAGAUUCUGCUAUUCCCCGGAGGCUAGAGUGUCUAAAAGAAGAUGUUCAGCGACAACAGGAAAGAGAAAAAGAACUUCAGCAUAGAUAUGCUGAUCUGCUGCUGGAGAAAGAGACUUUAAAGUCCAAAUUCUGAAGCAUAGUUUAUACUCUGUCACAGGAUGAAUUAAUUGCUGGUUUUCAUACUCUGGAAGGCUGAAACUGAUGAUUAUCUUCAUUGACAAAUUUGCCCACGAUCUGUGGUUUUUCAGUUGUUUACUUUAAAUGAUAUUGAUCUUACAUAGUCUAUGUAUAAAGACUUUAACUCCACAAAAUGUUUUAGGGUUUAAAUUAUUAAGAUGAUCAUUCUUUUAGCAGUGUCAUAUUUGCAAAAA